AUGGAACUGCAUGGGGUUGCCGACGGUGGCCGACAGCGCCAGGAACGGGGCCGCAGUGAGGUGUAUGAUCCUUUCGAGGAACGGCCCAAUUUCUUCGUCGGAGACGCAGUGAAUUUCGUCGAGAAUGAUGUAUUCGAUACGUUUGGCGUAUCCGAGUUCACUGGUUCUCAUAGAAAUGAGCAGCUGCUCAAGAAUGGCAGGCACCGUUACCAGAAUCUGGGCACAAUUCCACUUGGGAUCGUGGAACUUCUCCAAGAAACUUGCGCUGAGGACUGCGGCACUUGA